AUGGCAUUCGAGCUCGCAAAUAGGUAUCAGCAUGCACAUCUGGUCGUGCAACCAUCGGAUCUGGCGCUCAAUCCACCAGAGAGCUAUCUGUACAUCCAAGAUGGCUUGAUCAUAUCUUGCGGCGUCCUCUAUGCUCUCUGCUACAUUUUCUACAUGAUCCGAACGUAUCGCGAUAAGACGUGUGCUGGCUUCAUCGAGUUCACCUGCGGGACGAUGGCUUAUGAGCUCUUCUAUGCUUAUGCGACCACCACUACGACGUUUGAGCGAGUCAGCUUUUCCAUGUGGUUUCUACUCGAUUUUACCUUUGCGGUUGUCGCUAUUCUCAGUACAAGAGCUCGCAGCGAUCGGUCGCCGGUGGUCAAGCGCAUGAUAGUCGGCACCCUGGCAUCCUUGGCGUUCCUCUGGAAGGUUGCAGAGGUGUAUCCUGAUGAGCGCGAACAGUUCACUGCAUACUGGACUGGUCUGGCUCUACAAUUCCCCAUCGGCUGGGGAAGCCUUUAUCUCUUGCUCAAGAAUUGGAACGCCAAAGGUCAUUCAUUAGAAAUUUGGUUGACAAGAUAUCUUGGCUGUUGGACCGCCUAUGGCGUCUUUGCCUGGCGAUACAUGAACGUGCCACAAAACUGGCCGUAUGUUGGAUCUUGGACCAGUUUCGCGGUCAUUGUUCUGACCAUGAUUCCGGAGACGAUAUAUCCUUUCGUCUACAUCCGGGUUCAUAAGACGAAGAAGGCGAAAUCAGUCGGUCGCAAAGUAAUCUUCGAUGAUCAGAAGGUCACAACUCAAGGCUGA